AUGAACAUCAUGAGAAAACUGCUUGUUGGCCAUUCCCGUGGCGCUGCCAUGGGUGAGGACCCACCACAAUCCACACAGCACACAGCCCUUGGGUUGAUGCACCUGCACAAGUUGUUUAGUGAAUUAGCUCACCCACCUCACCCCCUUAGUCAAAAUGAACAAGAGCAGAGAUUGUAUAAUAUGUUGCCUUUAUUCUGCAAGGUAUUUGGAAAUUGCCCUUCUUCUGACAUGAUGGAAAAAUUUACAGAUAUUCUUACCUUUUGUCAACUAGUUUCUAGACUAAUGGUGUCAGAAAUACGUCGCCGGGCAUCAAAUCAAAGCACUGAAGCGGCAAGUUGUGCCAUAGCAAAAUUCCUAGAAAUUUCUAGCACAGAGGAACACAGCAAUGGGUGGAUGCUCCUUACUGCUGUAAACCUUCUAGCUGCAGGCGAUGCUCCAUUAGUGGACAUAAUGACUGCAUCUUCCUUACCUUCAACAUUAGUAAAGUGCCUGUAUCUCUUUUUUGAUUUGCCACCUAUAGAAAACCCUGACGAUAUUGACCCUGAAUGUGAAUUUUCCCCUAAAGAAAGGCGUAUUUUGUUGCAAAAAGUUUUUGUUCAGGUUUUGGUGAGACUUUGUAGUCACUCUGGCCCAGCAGAAGAAUUAAGCAGGAAAGAUGACCUCACCCUUUUAUUUAGCGCCAUUACCAGCUGGUGUCCCGCCCACAAUGCUGUUUGGAGGAAAAGUGCUGCAGAAGUACUGAUGACACUUUCCCGCCAUGGGCUUUCACAUUCCGUUGUCAGUUACAUCCAUAACAAAAGCUGCAUAGCACUGUGUAUAGAAAAUAUGCAAAGGGUUCAAGAACUCUCUCCUCUGGAAAUUGUUGAAAUGUUUGUCACAGUAUUCUGCUUCUUGAAAGAUUCAAGUGAAGUGUCACAGCUCAUCCUUGAUGAUUUUCGAACAUGCCAAGGAUAUAUUUUUCUGUCCGAGUUUCUUCUUAGGCUAGAGCAGGAUUCUUCUGAAGAAGCAUGUGAAGCCCUUCGCAAUAUUGUCCUUUUGAUUGCUUCCCUCACUUCUUGUGGCUACAUUGAGCUAAAACCUAGUCAUGCCAGUACUGGCUCCCUUUUUCAGCUCCCAGGUUUUCAGAUUCCUCAUCUAUCUGGUGCAAGUGUGAGGAACCUUCAAGCAUUCCAAGUUUUGCAAUCAGUAUUUAUGAAGGCACAAACAUCUUAUUUGUGUGGCCUACUAUUGGAUGCUGUUAGUACUGUGUAUCAUUCUGAUAAAGCUAACUACUUCAUCCUGGAAAGCCAGCAUACCCUUUCCCAAUUUUCUGAAAAAAUCUACGCUAAACCUUCUGAAAUUCAGGAAAAAUUUUUCAAAUUACUAGAAUUUAUCAUUUUUGACUUGAACUUUGUGCCUUGCAAGGAAUUAAUCAGCUUAAGUAUUCUUUUAAAAACGCAAAAUUCCACCAUUUGUAACAUUUUGUGUUUAAAGAGUCUGCUGAAUAUUUUACAUUCCAACGCUGUAUUUAAAGAUGUGUAUAGAGAAGUUGGUCUGUUAGAAGUUUUAGUUACGUGCUUGCAUAGGUAUGCAGCAAUAUUAAAAGAAGCAUUCCCUGAUGUAUUAGAUGAAGUGCCAGCAUGCUGUGAAAUACCCGAGGAACAGUUAACCUUGGGGUCACUUGUGAUGGAGGCCUUAACAGCUUUGCUUAAUUCCAAUUCAGGCAAUGCAGGUGUAUUUAGGGAAAGUGGAGGAGCUCGAUGUGCCCACAAUAUGGUUCCAUAUCACAUUUGUCGUCAAGCGGCAUUAGGUGUUGUGCAACAAUUAGUUUUGAGCAAUGGUGGUGAUGAUGACAUGGGUACUCUUUUGGGUUUAAUGCACACAGCUCCUGUUCUUGCCCUAGAUUUAAAAACUCAUAUUUUGAAAUCUCUUUUAUUUGUGUUAAGAGAAAGCCACAGAACUAGAACUGUGUUUCGUAAAGUGGGUGGCUUUGUUUAUGUUAUGUCAGUAUUAGUUUCCAUGGAAGGCUGCUUAGCAGAGCCCCCUAAACCACCUUGGAAUACAGUUGAGAAAAAAGAAAUCCUCAUCCUUCUGCGAACAUUGUUUCAUACUUUGGCUAUGGCCAUGCGCUAUGAACCAGCUAACGCCAGAUUUUUUGCAUCUGAGAUAUGCCACACUAGCUUAACAGACACUGUACGAUUACUUGGGUGUUUUAGCAAUCACACUACAUUAGAAGAUAACACUGAAAAAUUAGCUGUUCCUUUAGAUGAUCAUGUUUUUCAUUUGAUAUUUUCUAUGGCAAAAGACACAAAAAUUGCAGUUCACAGUGUUCCUACACCACUUAUUUCUUCAUGCUUAAUCUUUAGACUUCUAUAUGACACUGCUACAGAUGCAUUUGACAAACCCAAUCUUCCUUCAUCUAUAACCCCACAAUCCACUCCCUUGCGGCGUGUGUAUUCAGAGCUGGAGCCUUUAUCAAGUCCAGAAUCAUCUCAGGUUAGCUCUCCAAAUCGCCGGUCAGGAUUCACCAUUAAUUUUGCACCUCCUACUCCAGACCCCAUCAUUGUCCAUCCAGGUGUAGUGGUUUCAAUGCAUCACUUACUUCCAUCAAUUUGCUAUGACACAAAUUUGCAGAUGGCAAUUACACUACAAAUGUACCUGGCUGAAGUUCUGCGUUCUCUUGUGAGAUCUGAAAGAAAUCAGCAAGUAAUGUGUGAAUCAGGGCUUCCAGGCGAGUUACUCGUCCACUGUCACAUUGCAUUAGAAAAUGAAAAUCACAUACUUCAUCCUCCAUUACAAUAUGUUCUUGAAAGACUAUCAGCACAAUCAUUAGAGCCAAAAGACCUCCGAGCAUUCUUGAGGUUGGGUUCCCCUCUAUGCUGCACUCCUUUUGAUGAGGAUGCGCAGGAUCCUACAAAGCCAUCCUGUAAAGAUAUGAGACCAGCUAAUCAACGAGAUGGUGGUCCUGUACCUCUGACACGUGUAAAGACUCUCGUUUCCAUGACAACUCCACGAGAUUGUAGGUUACAUGGCACUUCCAUUAUGCCACCUUUUGUAGAAUUCGAUAUGAGUUCUGAAGGAUUCAGCUGCCUUUAUUUACCCAGUGUUGCACCCCAAAGUGUGUCUGCACCAGGUGUAGUUGGUGUUGGAAUGGUUGCAAUGAGUACAGAUGCAUCGGUAAUUGGGGGAAUCGGAACUGGGGACAGAGUUUUCCCUUCACAAACUGGGCUGUCAUUUUCAACUUGGAUUUGCUCAGAAAAAUUUAGUGACCCCCACAAUGACCCUCAUGCCAUUCGACUGCUAACUUUAGUGAGGAACAUUCAAGGGAGAGAUGAACAGUUGAUGUGCCUCAGUAUUCAAAUCUCUUCGAGGGAUAAGGCCUUACUUAUAUCAACUACAGAAACCAUGAUGCAUCAGUCAACAGGUGUUGAUUGGGAACCAGAAGAAAGAGAAGAGUGUUGCGUUCGAGUAUGGUGUCCAGAAUUGCUUCAAGAAGGCCAGUGGCAUCAUUUGUGUAUAAUUUUAAAUCGAGCAGUUCUAAAAAAUAGCUCAGUAUCUGUGUAUGUUGAUGGACAACAUCAUAAUACUCAAAAGCUUCAUUACAUCUCUCAGAAUCCGGGGGGAGGCGCAGCAAACUUAACAGUUGCUACCUCAGUUUUUGGCUUCAUUGGUACACCUCCUCAGUUUCGAAGACAAUCGAGGCUGCUAUGGAAGCAAGGACCAUGCCAUUUAAUUGAAGAAAUAUUUUCUCCCGCUGCCGUUGCUAUGCUGUAUCAACUGGGGCCUUGUUAUACUGGCAGUUUCCAAGCACCAACUUUAUCUGGAAAUGAAGUUCAUCAGCCCCUUGUAGCAGAAGAGAAAAUUGUCUUUGGUAUCAAUGCUGCUGCUGUAUCUGUGAUGACUCUUGCCAAAAUUCGAAGAGUGUAUAGUAAAGCAGAUUGUAGAUCUAUUGCCAAAAUGCUGGGCAUGUCUUCACAUGAAAAUGCUACCCCAAUUCACAUUUUGCACAAUUCUGGUGGCCAUCUUAGUGGACCGGCACGUUGCUUGGGUGGAAUUCUCGUUGGUUAUCUUGGUGCUAGAACUUUUGUCCCUCAUCCUGUAUCAUUAACAAUUGAUAAUGUUGGAGGCACUGCUACUUUGUUAGGUCUUAUUGCAAUGGCAAAGGAUGUUGAAGGCCUCUAUGCUGCUGUUAAGGCUCUGGUGUGUGUAGUGAAAAGUAAUAGAGCUGCUCAACAAGAAAUGGACAGAAUGAAAAGAUAUCAGACUCUAGCUAUGCUUUUUAAAAAGAAAAGAAGCCUGUUAAACAGUCACAUUCUUCACUUGACUUUUUCUCUGGUUGGAACUGUUGAUAGUGGCCGAGAAAAUACAUCUAUACCAAACGUUUCAGCUUUUGAGGAUCUCCUUUGUGAUCUUGAUGUUUGGCAAGAAUCACCGGGAGAUCUACAAAAGUCUUUGUACGAGCAUUUUUGUGAGCUUGUGGCUGAAUCUAGUGAACACAGAUCAAAUUUAAAAAUCCUACGUGAUCUCAAUAUGGUAAAUCGACUUUUGCAAAUUCUUAAACAAUUGCAGCUAUCAUCCUCAACCUGUCGAAUUCUGUGCCGCCUACUUUGCCUUUUGUUAAAAGAUACAAAUAGGAAUGGAGAUAUCAGAUGUUUUGGACAAUUUAUUGCUUCUACCAUUCCAGUUUCUACUGUUAAAGAAAAAGAAAUAAUUUUAAAAGGAAGCAUUAACAAUGCUCUUUUGAACUCAGAAAAAAAAGAAUUUGUUGAUGCCAAAACCAAUCAAAAUAUAUUGCUGAGAAAUCAUUGCCUUGGUUUGCUGUAUUCCAUGUUUACAAAAUCUGGUGUUACAAACUAUCAAUUUUGUGAAGCUGUUGUCAAAUGCUUGGGAUUUGAUUGGAUUCUUCUAUUUCUUCAAGAACACUUGCAUCAAAGUACUGUUAUUUGGGGUUUAAACAUCCUAGCAUUGCUUUUGAGUCAUCAGCAUUUGUUGCAAUUAUUUAGAGAGUCAUCAGCUAAUGGAGGUUGGCUAGCUGAAACUGAUGCUGUAUUGAAUAGCCGAAUGGAUGUUGUUUUAGGUUUUAAUGUUAGCGGAUCUAAUCCAAAAUCAUUCGGAAGUGUUGACGUUACAGAAGAAGCUUGCCAUGUGCCUGGCUUUCAGCAUUUGCAGUAUUUGAUGGUGCAUCAUACUGAAAUUACAGAAGCAUAUUUUUUGUUACUAUCUGUUUUGCUGGGUCUGGUUCCUUCACCUUUGCCUUUGAAUGUAAGAUUUACUAUGGAUGAUGUGUGGUCUUACCUUUUUGGUGCACCGACUGGACAAACACCCAGCAAUCAGAUAAUUCCUAGAGGAGAAAUAUGUCAAGAAGCUGCUGUAGUUGUUUUAGCGAUGAUUCGUACAAUAAUUCAUGCAGUAAAUCAGGAUGAAGAAAUAUUAGAAUAUCCAGUUACAAUAUUGCAUUUUUUUAUCUCCUUGUACCAUAAUCGAUCUGAUUUCAUUACUGUUUGCAUGACUCAAGAAGUCAUUUCUGCUCUAGUCGCAAUUCUUUUUCCCCCUAAUGUUCCUACAAUAGAUCAAGAUAAUAUGGUAAACUCUCCAAUGGACGAUUAUCAGCCUUAUUCCAGUGACCAACAAUUUGUUUUCCUGCAAUCGAAAAGCUGCUCUAACUACUAUGAAAGAGAUUCAUUGACGACACAUAGUGCCAGAAAAUAUGUUAUGGAUUUUUUGCGAGUUAUUGUUGUCGAUAGUUUUUCAUUACAGCCUAGUCCUAAACAAGCGCCAGUUAUUGAUCUACUUUUCGAGGCUAUUCCCAUUGAUUCUACCCAUGAUCAACAGUGUGAGUUUCAAAUGGAUAUUUUAUCUCUAGUCAUGGACCACUUGCUGGCUGCUGAUGUUUUAUUGGGAGAACAAGCUGCUAUGCCCAUUGUGGGUGGUGGAAGCUAUAGCAAUAUUGUGCCAAAUGUUUUCUAUUUUACUAGUUGUCUUGUGGAUAAGUUAUGGCAAGGCGUUUUUGCUAAAGAUUCUCAUAAAGUUCUUGAUUUUAUAAUAAAGCUAAUUGCCCAAGCUAAAAGAAAAGGUUCAUCUAUAGCUUACGAUAGUAUAUUUCAUAGUCUAAACCGAACUAUACUGUACCAGUUAUCUAGAUCUAUGGAGAAUGUUGUUGAUCAAAUGGUCGUACUGGAAGGCUUGCAAAAAAUUGCUGCUCAUAAAAAUAUAGUCUUUUUACCAUUGAAUCAUGAAAAUGAAUUUUUCGGCUGUUUAUGUUACUGCCUUUUACAACUUACUCAAGAUCCUAGCCAAUGCACAAAUUCUAAUCAACACUCUACUUGGCAUGUACCUGUAAAUUUUGAACAAACUGAAAGUAAACAUCGUACAUCUGCCCAAGAAGCUGCUUCCUUGAUCUCUAAUGCUGCUAACAGAGUUUGGGAAGAACUUUAUAUGUGCCGAAGACAGGCACUGGAAGAAGUUUGCAAAGUACCAUUCAGCAGUUAUAUGUCCAUUCAUAACACCAAAGUGCCAAGUCUUGAUGCAUUGAGAUCUACUUUGCAUGACCCUAUGUUCAAAGUUUGGCAUAAUUAUUUGGAAACUGAAAGAAAGCAAGGCUACACAACAAAGGAAACCUGGCAGUUUCAGUCUCAAUUCCAAACGAAAUUGCAGAAAGUUACUGGUGGAUUAUCCCGUCUUGCCUCUCGAAAAAUAAAGAAAGAUCAACCUUUUCGUACUCCUGUUAGCAAUAUUACUUAUAAGGAUUUAGAACUUUACACAUCUUCUCAUGUUUGUGUAGUUCGUGACCUAGUAGAAUUCCAAUUCAAGCAAUAUCAGCAAAGUAAACAGUAUUUGCAGAAGUAUGUUUUUAAUGAGUGGUUACAAACUGAAGCUGAAUUAACCAGGGAACGUGCCUUAUGGGGUCCUCCAGUCGGCUCACGUUUGGAUAAGUGGGCUCUUGAUAUGACUGAAGGUCCUUGCAGGAUGAGAAAGAAAAUGGUGAAGAAUGAGCUCUUCUAUAUCCACUAUCCUUAUAGACCUGAAGUUGAAGGAGGUGAAAAUAGAGCUCUGAAAUAUAAAGUAGCCACCAGCUUUGACAGUAAAGAAUAUUAUAAGAGAUGGCGACCAGAAAACAUGGUUGAACAAGAUACCAUAUCUGUAGAUACUGCCUCAUUAGAAGCUGUAGAUAUUACUGUAGAUGUAGAGUCAUCAGAAGAACGAGAAAUUGGUUUUCAAGGUCUGCGUACAGCUUGCUUAUUGUCCAAGUCACCAGCUAACCGCUCUAAUGACUGGGAUGAUGACCAGGAUGCUACUGAAAUCAUAGGUGAUGGCUCAGGAGAUCAAGAACCAAGAAGUACUGAAAGCAGUCCUGAAAAUCAAAAUAUUCUGAGAUUGCUAGAAGACGGAGAAAAGAUUAGUCACAUGUUUCGGUGUGCAAGAAUUCAAGGUCUUGAUACAUGUGAGGGCUUGUUAUUGUUUGGAAAGGAGCAUUUCUAUGUUGUUGAUGGAUUUACUCUGUUAAAGACACGUGAAAUAAGAGAUAUUGACUCACUACCUGUAAAUAUGCAUGACCCUAUCAUUCCCAACUCAACACCAGUUAAUAAACAUCAAAAACGCAUGUGUAGCAAAUUUUCAUAUGACGAAAUCAGGGAUGUUCAUAAACGUAGAUACUUGUUACAGCCUAUAGCCCUUGAAGUCUUUUCUGCUGAUGGCCGAAAUUAUCUGCUUGCUUUCCCGAGGAAAAUCAGGAACAAUGUGUAUUCUCGCUUCCUGGCAACAGCCACUGCAAUAACGGAUAGUGCCCAGGAGUCAUUAGCUGGACAAAAGCGCACUGCUAAUGUUGAGUCAAGUGCUAAUCUGCUGAGUAGUCUUAUUGGGGACACUUCAGUGACGCAACGUUGGGUGCGUGGUGAAAUUAGCAACUUCCAAUAUUUGAUGCAUUUAAACACAUUAGCUGGUAGAUCUUAUAAUGACUUAAUGCAGUAUCCUGUUUUUCCUUGGAUUCUUGCUGAUUAUGACUCUGAAGAGCUUGAUCUCAAUGAUUCCUCUACAUUUCGAGAUUUUACGAAGCCUAUGGGUGCUCAAACUCCUGAUCGGUUAAAUCAGUUUAAGAAACGGUUCAAAGAGUGGGAUGAUCCUCAUGGUGAAACUCCUCCUUAUCACUAUGGAACAUUUUAUUCAUCCGCCAUGAUUGUUGCAUCAUAUCUUGUUAGAAUGGAACCAUUUACUCAACAUUUUUUACAUUUGCAGGGAGGCCAUUUUGAUCUAGCCGAUCGUAUGUUUCACAGUAUCAAAGAUGCUUGGCUUUCAGCAGCUAAACAUAACAUGGCUGAUGUCAAGGAACUAAUUCCUGAAUUUUUUUACUUGCCAGAAUUCCUUCUGAAUUCCAAUCAUUUUGACCUUGGUUCUAAGCAAAAUGGAGUGCCUUUAAAUGAUGUUGUUCUUCCACCAUGGGCCAAAAAUGAUCCUCGUGAAUUUAUUCGUGUUCAUAGACAAGCUCUGGAGUGUGACUAUGUGAGUGCUCGUAUGCAUGAGUGGAUAGAUUUGAUAUUUGGUUAUAAGCAACAAGGGCCUGCUGCUGUAGAAGCUGUUAAUGUGUUUCAUCAUCUGUUUUACGAAGGAAAUGUCGACAUAUAUAACAUUGAUGAUCCUCUGAAGAAAAAUGCAACCAUUGGGUUUAUUAACAAUUUUGGACAAAUUCCAAAACAGCUAUUCAAAAAACCACACCCAUCAAAAAAGAUUACAAAUCGCACUAGUAUAGUUGAUCCUGGACCAAUAAUGCCUGGACUCAGUUACAGUUUAGAUAAGCUCUUUUUCCACAACUUAGACAACUUAGAACCAUCCAAACAUUCUGUUAAAGAUUUAAAAGGACCUGUUGGCCAUAUAGUUCAUCAUGAAAAAUCCCUUAUGGCUGUUGAACAGCACAAAAUUUUAGUGCCACCUCUGUACUCUCGCUAUGUUGCUUGGGGUUUUGCCGACCACAGUAUUCGUAUUGGUCCAUAUGAAAUGGAAAGAGCUUUGUUUGUGUGGGAAGAUACACCUGCUGGCGAGAUCCUAUGUUGUGCCUCACCCAAUGACAAAAUUAUCAUUACAGCUGGAACAAAUUCAAUGGUUACAGUUUGGCAUUACGACAAGAAGAAGUUGACCAUCAAAAAGAACUUGUACGGGCACACAGAGCCUGUCACAUGUCUUGCUGCGUCUCGUGCGUAUAACUUAAUCGUCAGUGGAUCUCGCGAUCGAACGUGUAUUCUCUGGGACCUCAGCCGACUCGUUUUCGUGCGUCAGUUGCUCGGCCAUCCUGCUCCGGUUGCUGCUGUUGCAAUCAAUGAAGUUACGGGUGACAUAGCAACAUGUGCUGGGACUCACUUAUACCUAUGGUCUAUUAACGGAGAUGAAAUAGCUUCAGUAAACACUGCCACUGGUAGAGCGGACAGGACGCAGCAAAUUCUGUGUGUAGCUUUUUCGUGCCUCAAUGAAUGGGACAAUCAGAAUGUAAUCAUGACUGGCUCCAGUGAUGGGGUUGUUCGAAUGUGGUCUGCAGAUUAUGUUCAGAUACCUGAAGAUACAUGCAUGUCUAGUGAUGAAAAAGAAUCAAAUGAAACUCCUGGACUGGUGCAAGCAAAAAACACCAAAACACCUGCAGAACCUUUAGUAGAAACCAAAGCUGCUGAAAUUGUUCGCAGGAUGAGCUUAGCUGGAUCGAAAGAUAUAGGAGAAUUGAUGCAACGUAGCACUUUAUGUGCUGAUCAUAAAUCUCGUUUUACGAAAAGUGCAUCUGGUAGUUCAUUAUCUGAAGAAGAGAAAGAUACUGAUCAGUAUGAUGAUGAAAAAGAAACAAAUAAAGUUGAAAGCCCUGUGAAGGCUAAAGAUAUUCCAAAAGACAGUCUAAUUCCAAGUCAGAUACAACAUUCCAAAACUGUAGUGGGCUUUCACAGCAAAGAAACAACAGAAACGGGUGACAAAAGUAAAAGCAAGAAGCUGGUGCAUUCUGAAAACUUUGAAUUGCCCCUCGACCAGCAUGGUAAUUUUCAGCGCUGUAGUACUGUGGGCCCUGAAGUUUCCGUUCAGGCAGAGGAACUGUCCGAGACCACCAGCAAAAUGAGGUUGAGCAAGUCGGAUACAUCUCUUACGGAUUCCUUUGUCAUGGUUUCUGAAAGUGAAGUCCUGGAGAGUGACAGAGGACUGGAUGGCUCAGUUAUACGACUGAAGAAGAAGAAAAAGAUUCUGAAAGAUGGAUUUAAAUGGCAUUGCCAGUUGGUGUUCCGCAGCAAGCUUACUAUGCACACAGCUUUUGAUCGUUCAGAUAACACUGAGCCAGCUGCUGUAACUGCUUUAGCAGUGUCAAGAGACCAUAAAUCUGUAUAUGUCGGUGAUGCCCGAGGUAGAGUGUUCAGUUGGAGUGUCACAGAUAAACCAGGAAGAGCUAUUGCUGACCACUGGGUCCGCGAUGAAGGUGGAGAUAACUGUACUUCAUGUGGAGUGAAGUUCUCAUUUGCUGAAAGGCGACAUCACUGCAGGAACUGUGGGCAACUUUUCUGCUCUAGGUGUAGUCGGUUUGAAUCGGAGAUUAACAGACUUCGGAUACUGAAACCUGUCCGUGUUUGCCAAGGGUGUUACAAUCUGCUGAAAACCCAAGAAAGUUCAGUAUCUUAGAACUAUCCUUAGCAGUUAUAGUGAAUAAAAGAAAUAUUUUAUUUCAUAGUAUAUUUUUUUUAUUUUCAUCUGGCUUACUGAAAGUUGGAUUGUGCUUCUCUACUGUCAUAUCCUGUGAAAAUAUAAAUACAGUUUUAUGUGGUACUUUUAUCACCAUUGCAACAAUUUCUCGACUAGUGGCCUGACUGUCACAAUGUGGUGUUAAAUGUUUUGAUCUUGGUUUUUUUGUAAUGUCAGAUUGUAAAAGGAUGAGAUUAGCAUUAUGAACUAUUAACCGUUUAUCAUUAAGCUUGAUUUUUAUCACUUGUUUUUCAGUUAAGUUUAGAGUAAUAGUUUAUAAUUUACGAGGAGAAUCUAAACAAACUAGGGACUGUAGAAGUUUUACUAAAAUAUGAGUAAUUUUAAUACCAAUGAAUAAAAUAUUUAUACUCAUUGAACAGACCUUAAAUUCAGUCAUAAAUGUUGCUUCAAAGAUCUCACUAAA